AUGCUUCAAGAAUUUAUGGCUUGGUGCGAAACGCAGACCAAAUACGAUGCGAUUCUUUUGCUUGAGACUCAUUGGAGGGAAACCUCCGACUACCGGAGCGGCCAUUGGCAUUGCAUGCAUACUUCAGGCUAUGGGCCUGAUCAACCUGAUAGGUAUGCGGGCAUUCUGUGCAUGCUCUCUAGCACAGCCUUUGCAAUCCCUAGUGUUCGAGAGGUCGUCCCAGGCCGUCUUUUGCAGAUCCAAGCCCAGCAUAUUGCCAGCAAGCGUACAGUCACACUGAUCGGUGUGUACCAGCACGUCCACCGACCACAACUUGGCGCACACAAGAAUAAGGAGAUUCGGGGUCAGGUUUGGCACAAGCUACAGCAGCUCGUCGGUGCCAUUCCGACAAGGCACAUGAUGCUUAUUGCUGGUGACUUCAACUCCACCCUGCAGCCAGAACACCCCUACGUUGGACCUGCAGCUCCUAGUCGGCAAUCGCAUAGCAACUAUGACUCGGCCUUUCAGGCACUGGUGCGAGACCACCGCCUCACAGCGGCCAACACAUGGCACUCCAGGCCGUCCCACACCUUCACAGCCCCGGGUGUUCAGAGUCAAAUCGAUUAUGUCAUUGUUAGACUGCAGGAUGCGAACAGAGGAGCCCGUUACUCCUCGCCCAUGUCGGGAUUCCCGGUGGGUGCCCAUCGCUGCACCAAUCAUCUGCCCUUACACCUGGAAACUAGCCUCCUCCCAUACGAGUUCCAGCCACAAUGCCGGCAUCGAUCUGCUUGUGCCCACAACUCCGCUGCUCUUCAAGCAGCUGUGCUCAGCAAUUCUGCCCAGGCUCAGGCCCUUUUGGACUCCGUGGAGCGUCGCCUCCAGCAGCAGCCGCCGAGCCCUGACUUGUGUGGGGAACAUGAAGCAGUCAACAUCAUUCUCCAAGAGGAGACCUGCAAGUUCUUUCCUCCGACAGGUCGCAAGGACUGCCGGGUCAGUGCUCAACCCGAGUUCCGAGCCUCAGCCAGUGCCACCUGGGAGUUGCAUAGGCGAUUCCGUCGCUCGGGGUUGUUGCUAGUUCGGAACAUCUUCGACCGCCUCAAGCACUACACUGCCUUUCUUCGAGCCUCCAAGGCCCUGCGCACACAGAGCAUGGCACUGAAAAAGCAAUUUCUCCCGGCUCGCAUUGCACAGGCCGAGCAGGCUGCAUGCCAGGGGGACCAGCGAGCUCUGUUUCAAGUUGCCAGGCAACUGGCACCACGCAGCCACAGGGGCACCAUCAGGCUGCAGGACCCUGCAGGCAAAAUCCUUGGAAGCAGUGCUGCCAUGGAGGCCAUUGUGGCCUAUGGCAAUGCCACAUUUGCGGCACGACCGGACUCCAGACCACAACUGCCCCAGCAAGGUACACUCAGUCUCGGUAGCCACACCUUCUCCACUGCCCUUAGCAAAUUGAACGUUCGGAAGGCUGUCCCGGUGCACUGCGCUCCGGCCGCCUCCUGGAGGCUGUGCUCCUCCUGCAUCAGUGACCGGCUUGGGCCCCUGCUAGCCAGGCACUUCUCCGCUGGCUCCACAGCCCAACUGGUUGGGGAUCUCAGAGAUGCCCAUGUGGUGUGGUUAGAAAAGCCAGGUAAACCACCUGUAACGGUUGGUGCUCUGCGCCCAAUAGGGUUAAUGCCACCCUGUGCCAAGGCCAUCGCAGCAGACCUUGCCCAGCAGAUCCAGGCACACCUUCAACCUCUUCUUGAUCACAUGCCACAGUAUGCUUACAGCCCCAAUCGGGGCUGCAGCGAUGCUAUUUUGCGAGUUCACCAGCACUUUGAACAGGUGGAGCAGCUCCACCAAAGCCAGGCCAGCAAUAGAUUUAGUCUUCGUUCGGGAGCCACUCGCCUUACAUGCUUCGGUGGAAUGUGCUUAUCGCUCGACUUGUCAAAAGCCUUUGACUCGGUGUGUCGUGACAAACUCACUGAAUCGCUCCUUGACCACGGUGUCUCCCAAGAUGUUGUGGGUGCCAUACAACAGCUGCACAAAUCCGCACGGUAUGUUUUCCGCCUUGAGCGGGCCACCGGCCAAACUAUCACCACAUGCGGCAUCAAGCAAGGCUGCCGUGCAGCCCCUACGCUGUGGCUGAGCCUCACUCUCUCCAUUAUGGAGACAUUGACACAACGUCGCAGUCUUGCCUGGCUCCAUAGGUGCCUCACAGCCUUCGCUGACGACUUAUGCAGCUGCUGGCGAAUCACCAGCAGCAGUGACCUCCUCAGAGCCAUCAGUGACCUAGAGCUCAUUCUUGAAAUCCUCGCCCAGUUCCGACUGACUGUUAACUUGCAGAAAACCGCGCUCCUCAUGAACGUUCGGGGCAAGGCAGCACGGAAACUCCUAGCCGAACGAACCGUCCACAAACAAGGGGAGCCACACCUGCGAAUUAUGGUUAAUGGGCAGGAACAAUUUCUUAAAAUCUGCGAUUCGCAUGUCUACCUCGGCACUAAGAUUGCCUACAAGAAUCGCCGUGACCUCAAUGUAGCUCACAGGAUCUCCGCAGCCCAAAGCCGAUAUCAGCAGAUCCGAAAGGUUCUGAAUGGUCGCAACCCGCUCAGCACCAAGCAUCGCCUUAGACUCUGGACUGCCUGCAUCAAUAGCUCCCUCUUGUACUCCCUUGAGGUUGUAGGCUGCACCCUAAAAGGCCUUCGCAAGCUUCACGUGCUGUGCACCCGCCAUUUCCGGGCAAUCCUCAAACAACCUGCCCACCUCUCCCAUACCACGAACCAGGCUGUCUGGAGCACCGUUGGUCUGCCUACGCCUGACUCCCAGCUUGAACACCGCAUGCAGAGGUUUAAGGCUGUUAAAUCCCCGAACCUUUCGCACCACGGGCCGGACAUCAUCUGUAACGAUGAGGUUCAGCUGCAGAUGGCGGAGCUCCUCUCUCAUCACCGUGCGCUGAGCUCACAGCUGGAAGCUGAGCGCGCCUCCCCACAAACUGCUGACUUAGAUCCGGAACCCCUGUUAGGUGUAGUCUGCCCACACUGCGACCGGAAACUUCCUAGCCCCCAUGCCCUCCGCAUUCAUGUUGGGUUGCAUCACAAGGAUGUCAGCAAGGCUCCACGGCCCAGGGUCGCCUUCUCAGCUACUGCACACGCCAUUGACGGCAUGCCGACAUGUCGCUUGUGCCACAGAAGCUUCACGAAGUGGCGGCAACUGAAGCUCCACAUCGAGCGAUGCUCGUGCCCCCACCUUGGGGGUGCAAGUUUCAUACUUCAUCCCCCUGCUUCCGACAAUCACCACAUGUCAGGUACCAGCCAGAACAUUGCGAAUGAUCGGAGCACCGCCCCGACCGACUCUUCCGACGCUACAGCACAGUGCGAAAAGGAGGCCUAUGUACCACUGAUUGCCCGACCUGAGUUUUACGGCAACCUCUCACGCUGGGAAACCCUGCUCUCCUGCCGUGACACUAAGGCUCAACUCUCCUGCAGAUGUGUUCUUUGUGGCAUGUGGAUUGCGACACCCAAGCAUAUGAAGCAACACUACAAUCGGACACACCAUACCUCAUUUCCAGAUCUCAGAGAUGCUGCCACUGCACUCUGUGCCACAUUCAAAAGCCAGUUCACCAGGAACCGUAGCUGCAGAUACUGUGGGACGAACGUCGGGGCUGCCUCCAGGCACUCCGUUCAGUGCACAGUCCUGCAUCAACUCUGUCUAGCCACGAUUUUCUGUCAACGUAACUUGCACCGCCAGGAUGUCGGGGACUCUGGAAUCGGAGAUCUUUGCUCACUGCAUGCCCACGGGGCAACUGGGAGCAAAGCCGGCCGGCUCCUCUCCAGCACCGGCCUCUCAGCCGGAACAGCCUCAGAAGCGUCCGAGGCCCGACCAGAAUACCAGGUUUCAGGGGCGGCGGAGACCGUUCGGACCGAGCAACGGCUACCACUACAAUGCCCAACACCCCGUGCCGGCUCAGAUGCCAAUGGAUCCUACCAUGAGAUUGAUGAGCAAGACAAGAACUACGUUCUCUUUUUCAGGCAGGACGAACACAGCCUGCUGCCCAAUCUCAUGCAAGUCUCCAAGGAGUGGCACGACAAACGAGCAGCCGGGGACAUGUCAUUGAAGUCGCCUCUCAAGACCGUGUUGAUGGGAUGUCUUCUCAAAGAACUUCUGGCACGACUCCAGAGGGUCGCAUCGACAGAGCAAGGACGGGCCUCGCUCCAAAAGGCCCAAUGGAUCCAGGAAAACGGCUCCUGGAACUACUUAAAGUGGAACCCCAAGGAAAGACGCUUGGUCCCAGACGAGAGCAAGGAGCCCUUGACUCAUGCAGAAGCCACCAGAACCCUCAGCACUCUCCACGAGCAGAUGUCGGGAACAAUCAUACAGCACUUCCAAUCCACACAACCUCUGUGGAAGCUGUCCGAACAGGGUCACCAGCAGGCCACGUUUCAGCUGGAGAUCGCUCUACGGGGAGAAAAUGCAGAGGACACUUGGCUCCACUUCCGCACACUGUGCGGACUGGCGGUCACGAACCUUGCAGGGUUCUCGAUGAAGGUGGACGACCUCCCGCGCCAACACUUGGCCAAGGAGCUGGCCAGCCUCACAUAUGUGGGAGGCCCGCUGCUGUCGGUGGUCUUGUUACGGAUACUGAGUGCCUACAAAGCCUUCGGCUUCUGUAUGCUGGGAUGGGGCAGGCCCCAUGCUCAACAUGACAUCGUGGAGUUUGCAGAUUUUGUUCUGCCGAAACUCUUGCCGGACGCCCGCUGUGUCUCAUGGCAAGCCCGCCGAUCCGAGGAAGGCGUGCUGCGCAUACUGGACCAAUCUGCAUUGAACCAGUGCCUGUCCCUAAGCUUCACGGAAAUCACCAGCCCUGACAUCCAACAGAUGCCACGCAGCCUCCGCGUUCCGGUUUUCGAACAGGCCGACAGUCUUGACACAGUAUGGUGCCGGUACCGUCUAGUUGCAUUGACCAUACACCAUGACAGCAACGACCAGUUUCUGCUUCGCAAGUACGGGGAUGCAUGGGUGACGGCCCACAUGAGCAUCAUGAACUACCAAAUCAAGGAAUUGGAAGUGCAGAUGCAGCUCAUGCAACGUCAUCUGGACAAGGUGCAGCUCGAGCUUCAUUCGAUGCAACUGCUGAUCCACAGACAUGCAUACUUGUACAGCAAUCGCAGAGUCAACAAGAUCCGCCACAACCUCGUUCGUGAUCUGCAUUCGCUGGACGAUUGA